AUGGCGGACCUGGAUGGAAGCGACGCGUCUAACAGCGCGACCCAAGAGCCUUUGGUGCUGAAACUUGAUGAGAGACAGAGGCUUGCUCGAGAACGGAGAGAGGAGAGGGAAAAGCAAAAUGCGCUCCGUGAGUCUCAGUGGCAUGAGCGCGAGGAGCGUGCUCGUCAGUACUAUGAGAAGCACCUGGAGGAGCGCAGGAGGAGGCUGGAGGAGCAGAGGAUCAAGGAGGACCAGAGACGCGCCGCUGUCGAGGAGAAACGACGGCAGAAACUCGAGGAGGAAAAGGUCCGCUAUGAGGCUGUCAUGAGGAGGACUCUGGAGAGGAGUCAAAGAGCCAAACAGAAAACCAACCGCUGGAGUUGGGGAGGCACUCUGACCACCAGCACCUCUCAUCCAACAGAUUCGGACAGACGCUCUGUCUCGACUACUAACUUGUCCAAGCACACAGACCCGGUCAUAACCAAACGCCUGUCUGCAUCUUCUGCCACACUCUUAAACUCACCAGACAGAGCUAUGCGUCGUUUGCCAUUGACACCAUGGGAGAAUAACAUGGUCAGUCGUCUGUUGACCCCCACACACUCCUACCUGGCCAGAAGCCGUAGCGCUAUGUCAUUGUCGGGAGAGACAGUGACGCCCAUUUGUCCCCGCUCAGCUUCCUGUCAUCCAAUGAGCUCCCUCUCCUUCAAGUCCCUCCAAUCCCGCAGCAGCAUGGAGCGGCCAAUGAAAGCAGGUCUCAGCUGCGAUCGGCCAAUUAGGGCCGGCUUCACCCCAUCUGACCCCAGCACCCGAAGAAGAACCACUCAGGGCACAACGGGGGAAAAGCACCCUAAGGAGUAUGUGCGUAAGUCCUGGAGUAAUUUGUCUCUGCCGCUGGGCUCCCAGCCCCUCCUGAGUGGCCCCCAGCAGCCCAGAGCCAAGAGAACCCAGUCCCCCGGCACCCAGCCCUGCAGGACCAAAGCACCCUCACCUGCCAGAUCUUCCUUAAAGUCUUCCCAGAAGCCUCCGACCCCCAAACACCUGCGAUCCCCUGGCCAGGAGCACUCUGCCGCCACCCCACCUCUAUCGCCAGGCAACCUGCGACCCAGCCGGACCAUGCCCGAGUUGUACCGGGCCGCUGAAGAAGACGAUGCAGAGGGAGAGGCCAAGGAGGCUACUUCCCCAGCGGUGAAGUCAGCAGGAACCACAGACCCUGAAGAAGCCUCUCGCCUGCUAGCAGAGAAGCGACGACAAGCCCGUGAGCAGAGAGAGAGAGAGGAGGAAGAACGCCGCUUACAGGAGGAGGCCGAGAGACGCAGCCGUGAGGAGAUGGCUCGCAGGAAAGCAGAGGAGCGAGUGCGUAGAGAGGAGGAGGAGAAGAAGAGAGAAGAGGAGAGAAGACUCCAAGAGGAGGAGGAGAGGAAAGCCCAGGCUGAGAAGGAGAGAGAGGAGGCAGAGCGCCUACAGAAACAGCGAGAGGCAGAGGACGCUCGCCAGCGUGAGGAAGCAGAGCGACUGCGUCAGGAGAGAGAGAAGCACUUCCAGAAGGAGGAGGCAGAACGCCAGGAGCGCAAAAAGAGAUUGGAGGAGAUCAUGAAGAGAACACGCAAAUCAGAUCAGCAAAAAUCACCACAACGCAGAAAUGGAGAUUUCACUGAGCAGAAAACAGAGGAGACAGCAUCUUCACCUGCACCUCUGCCAGCCCUCUCAGAGACACACACACUCACGCUCCAGGGUCUUGAGUCAGGAGAGAGCACACCAACUGAGGCCCACCCGAGGGAGAACGGCAUCGCCAUAGAGACGGGGACCUUUGAGCAGGUCAUCGUGGUUCCCAUGGAGACCAAGAUGCCCCGGGCAGAGGGCGAUGGGCAGGAGGAAGAGGAGACGUCUGACUCUGAAGGCCCCCGCAGCCCCGUCAUCGCCUUCCGAGAGAACGGACAGAACCAGCACCAAGCAGAUGUGGUGUGAGCAACCAAGACUGCAUGGGUGAGCGAGAAGGAGACCAAGGGAGAACGAAGAGGUUCGGAUGGAUCACGUCUCACCUGAAGGUCUCCCUGAAGGCUGGUUUCAUACAGACAAGGCCUGGACAGGAAACCCUCCUCCCCAUUCCUGCUGACCAAAACGUCAACUUAGAACAACCACCAACCCCUUGCUCCCCAAACCACUUAGCACGGUCUCAGACUAGAGAGCAGUGAGGUCCAAACCACCUUGAGACCAAGAUGGGGGGGGGUGAGCGGGCCCCUCCUCUGCGUAUGAAUCAAUAUUCUGUGUUUUGAUUUGACAGGCUGAUCGCUGAUGUAAUACUUGAAGACUUCCUUGUACUGUAGUUUUGUCAGCAGGCAGGUGAGCAGGUGAGCAGGUGCUUGUGCUGUUGAUGGGGAGGAGGGGGAUAGAAGGAAGAAAAAAAAAAGAAUCUGAUCUGAUACUGUAUCUCUCUUAGUAAAAGCAGCUAUAAUCUCAUGCACUACUACUGUCAUUAGUUAUUCAAUAACUGUAAAGUACAAAACAAAACAAAAAAUGAAUGUUUCCCUUUUCUGUGUAGUUCAGCUUAACUAGAUCUGUGCUUUUUGUGUUUGUUUGUUUGCUUGUUUUGUUGAUUUUACCGAUGGCGAUGAAGCUAGCAAACUUCUCAUUUGUCUGACUGAUGGUCCUAAUCCAAAGAUCCCACCCUCAUUUCAGGAUUAGUUUUGUGUUUCAGCCUCUAGUCCGUGUGUGUGUGUGUGUGUGUGUGUGUGUGUGUGUGUGUGUGUGUGUGGGGGGGGGGGGGGGGGGGGGGGGGGGGGGGGGUGGGUGGGUGGAGUGGAGUAUGUGUGUGUGUGUAUUGAAUAGAGGAAUGUCUAGUCAGUUGCAUCAGUGCAAUAUCCAAAAAGCAUGUAGCUGCAAGUUUCAGAACUUUGUGUCAUUCUUCACAUUGGGGUUCAUGUGGAACCAAAUGCAGUAGAAAAUUGUUCGACAUGAGCGUUCCAUUUGUCUAUUGUGAAAUCACUGCACAGCAGCUGGGACCAUGACAACACAAUGGUUGCCUGGGUUACUGCUCCAUUUUAUUACAUUUCAGAAUCAGAAAAAAUAAUGUAGAGAUUAACUUAAUCCUCUAGAUUCCUAGGGAUCAAAGAGUUUCAAACUGAAAAAAUAAAAAAUAAUUCUGACAGUAAUAUAAGAUAAAAUAAUUGCUGCUAUACUUAAGACUUUUAUUUUAUGUUUUUUUCCUUUUUUCUUUUGCCUUACUUGGAUCAGGACGAGUUGCCAGGAGGUGUUGUGCUUUAGAAAAAAGUUGCACUGGACACACACAAUGAACAUUCCAGUAUCAAUCACAUGUACACACACACACACACACACACACACACUUAAUUGGCAGACACUCAAAUGGAGUCUUCUGUUUGAUGUGGUUAUUAUGCUUUCCUCCAUACAAUGCACACACACACACACACACACAUACACAGAGAUGGAGAGAUACACAUGUCAAAGUAUUUCAACUUGUGAAAAUAAGAUGAUUGGUUCUCGGUAUAAUUUAUAAUUUUCUCAUUUAUUUGAAAGACUCACAUCUAUACAUUACUUCAAUAAAAUACUUCAGCCUGGAAGGAAUGUUUUUGGAAUCUUCUUAGGAUCUCAAAAACACCGUAGCUUCAUUUUCCAUUUUAGUUCCUCAAACCCGUUGCCAUUACUUUGGCAGCCAGAUGGAACUCUAAACUCAACACAGGGCUUUGCUAUGCAUUUCUUGUAUAAAGAAAAUAAUAAUAAACAAAGCAUGAUAUGGCAGGUUGUAAAUUUAUGCGAAAACUAUGAAAUACUUAUAAGUACAGAUAUGUAAAGUUGUAUAUUUUAUUAAAACUUACAGACGCAAGCCUCGCCUGAUGCCUAAUCUCCACUUCGCCCAGCAUCCUCUGUUAGGGAUAAGUGUGCAUAGUCCGGAGAUUGGGACUGGCCCCUGAAGAGAGGACACUAGGCUGAAGGACUAGGACAAGCCUCUAGAGAGGGUGCUGAACAGGGGCUCAUGAUUUGGAGGGUUAGCUUCAGCCAGCUAGCAUCUUUAAAAUGGUAUCCCUCAAGUGCACACUUCUGCCCACAUUUUUACAAUCACUGGUUUGUAAACAAACAAAUGCUUGUUGUCUAUGUGGAUUGAUGGAUAUGCUGACACUUUCCUACCUAAGGAUCAGACGACCCACAUGCACAACAUACUGUUAUUUGUGUCCAUGGGUAAUGUGCCACCUAAUAACCGCAUAAUUGGCUUGUUAGGGUAAAUGAGGGCAGAAAUUGGCACAUGCUGGACGCCAUUUUGAAGGAUGGUGGCAGCCCACUGAAUAUACUUUUGGCUGAAUUAGCUAGCCAAGCAUCGGCCACUGAAAUUUAUUGAAUUCAGAGGUGUCUGUCAGCGCAGGAAUGAAAUGAUCGUUGUUUUAAAUCAUUGGUUUGAAAUGAUCGUUGGAUUACCGUAUUACCUUACUCUGGACUACAAACACCCAGUCUGGGAGUAGGGUGUGUGUGUGUGUGUGUGUGUGUGUGUGUAAAAUGGCUGCACAGGUGCUGAUUUUAUUACGGCACUAGUGCACUGUGUGUGUGUGUGUGUGUGUGUGUUCACGUGGUGAGUCCAAUCCUGUCUGUCUCAUCAGAAACAAAGAGUCAUCAAAAACUCAAAAACAAAAUCUCAAGUAAUUUUACAACCUCUAAAUCUGUAUAGCUUUAAAAAAAAGAUCAAAUGCAAUAAAUUUUAUUUGGAAAGCAC